UUUCUUUUCUCCCUACUCCAGCUAGUCGAACCCUAACACCGCCGUAGACGAUACCCUCAAUCUCUGAAACAAUCCAUGUCUGUGCCCCUCUUUCUCUCACCUUCGUGACUUGAAACUUAGACAUCUGAUAGCUCACUAGCUCUACGUCGUCCCUGUGUAGCUUGCUAUUCAGAUGAACUCACAAUCUCUGAUCAAAUCUCUUUCUCCGCAUGGUGCUCUGGCUUUGUGGAAUCCUGGUUUUUGGUGAAUAUCUUUCUCUCUCUCUGGUCAAUCGGCUUCUAGCACGAAGGAAGCAGAGUCGAUAAGGAAUUGAAACUUCAGUUUUGACAAGGAUGGGGAUGAAUUCAUGCUUGGGGUGUGCGCUGAGGAGAUGCGGGAUGCGGAGACUCCAAUUAGGGCAAUAUUUCCUGAUGAUAUAGCUCGAUUCAAGCAUGCAUACUCUGUCAAUACUUCAGGGACUUACGAUGAGGAAGAGAAAGAAGCCCUCACCAUCCUUAUAGCAAAGAGUCGCUUGAGUAUAGUGGGGCUUUCCCACCUUUCAAGAUAUAUGGAGCUGUCUGAUUGGCCAGAUGCAACUAAACUUGCUAGCAAGUACCUCACUGAACUGAAGCAGAGGGGUCUCAAAUGGACAAGGCCGAGGUCGCGGUGGCAAAGAAGGUCAAGGGCAGAGGGAAUGUAUAUGUGUCUGUUGAGUACGAAGAUGGUGGUUCUCUAGCUAAAUCAUUAAGGAAAAGGCACAUAGUCUUCGACAAGAAGAGGUCUUCUGAUAAUCAAUAGAUAUUUCAGAAACUGCAUAGGCCAGAGCAUCCUGGGAGGGUUUGUUUAAUAAAGAGGUCAGGGGAGGGGUCAAUAGAUGAUUCAUUUUGUACACCAUCUUCAUCAAGUCAAAGUGCUACACGUGGCUAUUGAAAGGUAAG